GCCUCCCUGGUUAUAUUUCCCUCACCAUGCCUCAAAUCAAUCUUUAUCUAUCAGUCCCUGCAAGAUUUUGUGAUUUUGCGAUCACAGAAAUCAACGCAGAUCUCAGAUUUUCCACAGAUUUGGGCCAGGACACGUCAUGUGAUGUCAUCACAUCACGCAUCUUCGAUUCACGUGCAUUGAACAUGUGUACAGCUAAAAGGUCUCAUUUACCAACAAACAUCACUGUGAAAGACAUCACUGUGCAAAACAAUUUUGCCAAUUCAAGUAAUUUCAAGUAGACUCUGUGGUGCUGUUGUUAUGGUUACAGUGUGUACGUUGCAUGAGAUACUUUGCUAGUCGUCUUAUUACAGUCUGAAGUUUUCAAGGUAUGAUGUCCUAGUCUAAAAAUAUCAUGUUUUCACAGUAUUAGUCAAACAUUUAAAAACACAUAAGCUGGUGGUAAAAAUGAAAGCAAAAAAAAACAAACAAAACAUUACACCUGUUGGUACAAUGACGCCAGGUUUCAAACCACAGGCUGAGCUGGACAAACUGGUCAUACCGCCAUCUAUGACAAACUUAGGAACAUGUAGGUGGUGUUUUGGAGAAGUCAGCUGUUCAAUCUUACACUGUGACUAACUGUGAAACCCUAACAACCCUCAUCAGCACAGAAGAAUCUCUGAACAUGGCUUCCAGCACGGUCACACCGGAGCCACUUGAUGUCCUUCAGGAGACCGACGAUGACGGUGGAAACGACUUAUCGGGUCUCGAGGACGAGGACGACAAUGAAGAAAUUAUGGAUCUGGAUGAGGAUGAUUCUGCCGAUGAAAGUCAAGAUGGUGAGCAGCACACACCACAAGUGAAAAAGCCACACAGGUCUACUCAGUCAAAAUCGCUAGCAUGGAAGACACCCGAAGACGCAGACGUGGCUCCAGCAGCAAUUCGGUUCUGGCCUGCACGGCCUCCCGGGGUGCAACUGAACUCGGCAGACAAGCACACACCUCUGGAGUUGUUCAAACUCUUCUUCUCUGCAGAUGCUGUGGCUACCCUGUGUCAGAACACUAAUAAACAGGCUGCCAGGAACAUUGAACAAGGGUGCAAGUACAAAUGGACCGCGUUGACAGUAGAUGAGUUCUACAAGUACAUUGGACUCAUUUAUUUCAUGGCCCUGAUAAAGCUGGACCACAUUCGAGAUUAUUGGCGGCAAAACAACAUUUUUUCCAUUGCCUUCCCAAGGACAGUGAUGACGAGAGACAGAUAUAGGACUAUAUCCUGGAACGUGCACAUGAGCGAUCCGGAUGAGGACCAAGAAAACGAUAUUAGACGGGGAACACCGCAGUACGACCGACUGUUCCGGGUGAAACCGCUCAUGGACAGGAUUCGGGAGGCCUGCAAAACCUUUUAUCAUCCACAGAGAAACCUUACCGUGGACGAACGAAUGGUGGCAACGAAAGCAAAAACGGGUAUGACACAGUACAUGAAGAGAAAGCCCACCAAAUGGGGCUUCAAGUUGUUUGUAAUGGCUGACUCGAGCAAUGGAUACACAGUCGAUUUUGCUGUGUACACAGGAAAGGACAGCUCUUAUACAGGACAUGGGAUUUCAUAUGACACUGUGAUGUCAUUUAUGGAUCAUUCCUUCUUGGGUUCUGGGUACCAUGUGUACAUGGACAAUUUCUACACGAGCCCAAAACUAUUCAGGGACUUGCACGCUCAGAAAUUUGGCGCUUGUGGGACGUACAGGGACAACAAGAAGGCUUGUAAGGACUGCCCGAGUACUACAUUAAACGCUCUCAGUAGAACAUCAUGCAGGGGAGACUUCAGAUGGAUCAGGGAUGGUCCUCUGGUGUUUGUGAAGUGGAUGGAUGCUCAAGAAGUCUCUGUCUGCUCUACAAUCCACUCAGCCUUCAACGGCGAGACGAUACAACGGAAGGUGAAGACCACAAAAGGGACCUGGGACACGCAGAAAUUUUCAUGCCCCACUCCUGUCCUCAAGUACAACGAACACAUGGGAGGUGUGGACUUGUCCGACCAACUGAUCCAGUACUACACAGCACAGCAGAAGACCAUGAAAUGGUACCGGAAGCUGUUUUUGCACUUCUUGGACAUUGCGGCUACUAAUGCAUACAUCUUACACAAAGAGCUUGCAUCCAAACAACUACGUGAUGCCUUGACGCACAAAGUGUUCAUGGAGGAGCUGACUGCACAGCUGUGCGGCAUGUCACAGAAAAUCCCUUCAAAACGGGCCAGCUGUGAUCAUGUACCGGUGCCAGUGGCCAAACUGUCUACAGACGUGAGACAAGUGGCUUCGCAAGGUCGCAGGACUUGCGUCCUCUGCCGAUUCCAACGUUCCAAAAAGAGUAACACUCCAUGGAAGUGCGGGAAGUGCAACGUUCCUCUUUGCCUGCAGCUGACUAGAAACUGUUUUGAGGAAUGGCAUAAAAAAAACAAUUGCCACCUAUAAUUGAGUGGUGAAUAAUUUCAUCUUGAUUCCUAAACUGGCAUAAAUUGUUAUGCCAUUAACUUAUACUCAUGACCUAUUCUACUGUGUGCCACAAAAGUAAUACUGGUGUGCACUAGUUUUAUUUUUCUUGUGUGGAGAUUUGAAUAUAAAUAUCUGUUAAAGGUAACAUGCAUUUGUGUCAUGAAAAUGAACAAUUGAAACAGGAUCUUAGUGGAGCCAGAGCAUAUCUUGGGAACACCGGGUGUGAGGCCAAGGGUACAGCCUGAAUGGAACAUCAUUUUUAUCCAAAACAGCUGAUAAUGACUUGAUCAUUUGAAUUUGUAAGCAAUAACAAGUAGUAUAUUUAUUAGUAGUAUUUAUUUAUUUUACAAGGACACUUUUAAUAACCUAAUAUUUCAAGAAUAUGUCCAAAAUGUUUCAGUGUUAAAGGUGCAAUAGUCAAUAUUUUUAUUUCUAACUUAUACUAACUUCCAGGUUAUUUGUACAUGAUAAAAAGCAAUGGGUUAAAUCAUGGUUUAACAAGAUUGCUGAGAAACCCAUUUGGACUGGGAAAACUGACCUCCUGUCCGGAAUGCUUGGUCUUGUUUGUGUUUGGAUGUGCAUCCUGUCAGUCAUUUUAUAGACACUAUACAGGUCACCAAAGAGCUUGUGAACAUAGGUAAGAAUCAUUCAAAUGUCAUGUUCAUAAAACCAGUUUGAAAUGAAUUUUGCUAUGUGAAAUGGUGCUAGAAGUAGCCAUUGGAAGGUGGGUAACUUGCGGCCAUGAAGGGAUACACAUGGUCAGCAACAAUAAUCAAAUAGGCUGUGGUAUUCUUGUGAUGAUUGAUUGGUAUUAACAGGCCCAAAUUACGCCAAGAAAACAUUCCCCACACCAUUACACUACCUCCACCAGUCUGGAGUGUUGAUACAAGGCAGGUUGAGUCCAUGGAUUCAUGCUGUUGGUGCUAAAUUCUGACCCUACCAUCUAUGUGUUGAGCCUGUGCCCACUGCAGCCUCAGCUUUCUGUUACUGACUGACAGAAGUGAAACCCAACGUGGUCUUCUUCUGUUGUAGCCAAUCCACCUCAAGGUUUGAUGAGUUGUGCAUUCUGAGAUGCUUUUCUGUUCACCACAAUUGUACAGCGUGGUUAUCGGAGUUACUGUAGCCUUUGGCAGCUCAAAGCAGUCUGGCCAUUAUCCUUUGACCUCCCACAUCGACAAGACGUUCCUGUCCACAGAACUACCGCUCACUUGAUGUUUUUUUCUUCAUUACACCACUCUGAGUACAGUCUAGAAACUGUUGUGUGUGAAAAUCCCAGAUCAAUGGUUUCUGAAAUACUCAAACAAUCCCAGCUGACACCAACAAUCAUCCCAUGGUUAAAAUCACAGAGAUCACAUUUUCCCCCACAUUCUGAUGGUUGAUGUGAACAUUACCUGAAGUGGCUAGCCUGUAUCAGCAUGAUUUUAUGCAUUGCACUGCUGCCACAUGAUUGGCUGAUUAUAGUUAAUUGCAUGAAUUUGUAGGUGUACAGCUUUUCUGAAUAAAGUGCUCAUUGAGUGUAUAUUUUAAAUAAAGUAUGAAAUGGUUA